AUGGACACCACCACGAUAUCCUUCUCGCGGCAAUACCUCGCCGUGAGGACACAUAUUAGUGCGUCACUGCCUGUUAAGGCCAUUCUGCUCUGCGGAGGUGUGGGCGAACGCAUGAAAAAUGACCUGGAUCGACUACUUCGACCUUCUAACCCAGAAGCAAGCCUGCGAGCCGACUGCCCCUCCAGCAAGCAAUUCGUGUUUCUGCAUGGCGUGCCGGUGUUCAUCUACUCGCUUGCCGAGUUACUGCGCUCUCCUGUGAUCAGUGAAGUGACCAUCGCUACGAAGCCUGAGUGGAACCUAAAGGUCCUGGAGCUCGUGGACUCGUGCACGGGGCCGUUGCUGAACAUUAUCGAAACAAGGACUGAGUCGUGUAAAGAAUCGCCUGAAAAGAAUUCGCCGCAAGAAGUAGCCGUAAAUGCGCCAACAGCGGUAUCUGGUUACGUCGUCGAUGAGGAUUCUCCACACGCAUCACAAUCGCAACAUGAUAAAGGAUGCAACAUGUCCAACACAGAUGGCACCACGGGGCCUGUUGAGGUUGAUUCCGAACGUGCACCAAAGUUUACGGGAGUACCGACCUUGGAGGUAGACGCGGCACGCAAGUCAGAAUAUGAAUCCCACCUCCGCAGAUACCCCUACUUCGUUUACGACCUUGUGGAUCGCCGUUGCGUGCUAAGCAGUGAUGAAAAGUGGUUGGAUGUGCUAGAGAAGGCAAUGCGUGGACCCGAUCCGAAGCGCUACAAGGUGGUAUCCUUGUGCGUCAGCGGUGGUAAUCGACCGUGGUCGGUCUACAAUGCGUUGCGCCGUAAGAACGCUUUGGAUGCGCGGAUGCCGGGCUGCUGCAGAGCUGAGUACAUAGCCCUGGUGCACGACUCAGUGCGCCCGCUACUACGCCACGUCGACCUGGAGUCGCUAGUGUCAACUGCCCGCCAGCUUGGCGCCGCAGUGCCGGCAGUGCCGGUAACGGAUACCAUCAAGGUGGUAGAGGCCCACUCGGGGAGGACUGUAGUGUGCAGCACUCCCGACCGCUCCACCCUUUUCGCAGUCCAGACCCCUCAAGCCUUCCUGUCGUCUCUGUUAAAGAGGGCGUACGCUACGGUGCUGGCAUCCGACGAAGCGGAGCCUCCGCCGCACCUCACCGACGACGCUAGCUUUGUGGAACAACUAGAGGGCAAGCGCGUAGCGCUGGUACCCGGCCAUCGAGUGAAUGUGAAGCUCACGACUUGGGAGGACAUCGGUGCAUGCUCAAGAUACCUUCGUGAGGCGUACUUUCGGGACUAG